AUGUCCGGCCUCAAAAACUCGCCGUUCGGUAAACGCCUGCGCGCAUCUCACCGCGAGGUGCCCUCCGCCUCGGCAUCCUCUUCCGGUUCUGCAUCCUUCUCUUCCACCGCAUCUGGAUCAUCAAGUACCGCAGCUGCAUCUGGCUCUGGCUUUGCUUCCGGGUCCGGGGAUGCAGAGAGUACAAGUACAAGCACGCCACGUAAGGGAAAGGAGAGAGUGAACGCCAUCUUUGGGGGUGCUUCUGGGAGUAGUAGUACGCUUGGAGGGGCCGAGUCAUCGCCGUUUGCGUUUGGUAGUGGGAUGGGGAGUAUGGGAAUGGGGAGCAUGGGCAUGGGCAGAAUUGUGAAAGAAUACGGCGACCGCUUUGUCCCGUCGAAAGACUCUGGCGAUAUGAGGACGUCGUAUCAUUUGAUGGAGGAAGGUGGAGGAUCUGGAGGUGGGCCGUCCACGCCGUCGAAGAGUAGGAUUAUCCCAAGUGAGAGUGAUGCACUCAAAGAGCAAGCGAAUGCCAUUUUCAACUCGAUAUUGCACACGGAAGUUACCCCUCCAUCACCACAGCGCAGCGGGCGCGGGGGCAGCGGGAGCGGCUCACCCACGCGCCCACCCAUCGCAUCUGGAUCCACACUCCCCUCUACACCGACCCGCGCGAAACGCCGGCUCUUCGCCUAUAGCUCACCAUCGACUACACCCACGCGGCGCCUUGACACGCCGACGGACGAAGCGUACUCACUGUCACCUGUGCGCGCGGAGAGCCAGCGGUUAUUGCUCAGCCCGCGCAGGCAGCUUCGGAGUGUAUGCAAGACGCCGUACCGCGUGCUCGACGCCCCCGAGCUCGCAGACGACUUUUAUCUCAAUCUGGUGGACUGGUCGAGGACGAAUGUGUUGGGUGUCGGACUCGGCGCGUGUGUGUAUCUGUGGACGGCGCAGACGGCUAGCGUGGCGAAGCUGUGUGAUCUCACACCGGCGAACGACACCGUCUCGUCCGUUGCAUGGGUGCAACGCGGGAGUACGCUAGCAGUCGGCACUCUCGCAGGGCGUGUACACAUCUACGACGCGGCAACGCUGCAGCUCCAACGCACCUACCCCGCAGCACACGCACAGCGGGUCGGUGCGCUAGCGUGGAACGCACAUGUGUUGAGCUCGGGGAGUCGCGAUCGGAUGGUACAUCAUCGCGAUGUGCGCGAGCCAGGGCAAAGGCCUCAGCGACGGGGAGCGGGACAUCGGCAGGAAGUGUGUGGGUUGAAAUGGAGUGGAGAUGGGAGUGCGGGGGUUAAUGCUCCUGGUGUGUAUUUGGCCAGUGGGGGGAAUGAUAAUAAGGUGUGUAUAUGGGAUUUGAGGGGGAGUGGGAGGAGGGGCACGGGUGGGAGAGGUGCUGCUGCUGGGACUACUGCUAUGGCGAGUGGGACUGGGACUGGGAGGGCGGGGGGUAUUGGAGGUGGAGUUGGUGGAGGUAUUUUGAGUACGGGUGCGAGUUCGAGUAUUGCUGGGCCGUCCACUACGCCUGGAGCAACGACGACGGCGGGAGGUGGAGGAGGAGCGGGGGCUGGGGCAGGAGACGAGACGACGCCGGCGGACGUGCCACUGUGGAAAUUCCAUGAACAUACGGCAGCUGUGAAAGCGCUCGCGUGGGAUCCACAUGUGUCGGGUGUGCUUGCAACCGGUGGGGGUACGCAGGAUAAGCACAUUAGGUUUUGGAAUGUGGGUACGGGUACGAUGUUGAAGGAGUUGGAUACGGGCAGUCAGGUCUGCAACCUCAUCUGGUCGCUCACCUCACACGAGCUCGUCUCAACGCACGGCUUCUCAUCCACCACUGCCCAAAACCAAAUAUGCAUUUGGAAGUACCCGUCGCUUUCGAUGGUCGCGUCACUCACGGGCCAUACGAACCGGGUGCUGUACCUUGCGAUGAGCCCGGAUGGGGAGACGAUUGUGACGGGUGCUGGGGACGAGACGUUGAGGUUCUGGAAUGCGUUUCCGAGGGUUGAUGGUGGUGGGGGUGGUGCGAGUGGGAGUGGGGGACAUGGACUUGGAAGUGGUGGUGAUGGGUGGGGUAGGGGCCGUAGAGAGAGGGAGGAGAGUCGGUUGGAUUAUGGACGUUUGAUUCGGUGA